AUGUCUCUCACCAAUGAUGACAUCACUUGGUAUUCUUCUAUUUACGACGUCGUUGAGAUUAUUGAUAGUUGUGGGGAUUUCUCUAAUGCACCUCUUCUUGGUACACAAGGGGGAAUAAACUACAAUCCGAAUUUGGGGAGACAUCAACUUGGGUUUUCUAUGAAAGACAAACCUAAUAACACUUUGUUAGAGGAUUUAUUUUUCUAUCAAGGGAAGGACUCUCAAGGAUUGAAAGCUAGGAUGGUACGUGAUAGGCACAAUGUUCAUAGGAAAAGAAAAAGUGAGCUUGAAUUGAAGAAUUGUAUUGCUUUGGAGCCUUACACUAGUUGGAUGGAGAAGAGAGCCAAAGAAUUCAAGAUGCCAUACGCUUAUGAAAGACCUAUGUCUUUAGUAAUGGUCAAAUCGCCCACUAUUAAAGGCAUAGAAGAGUUGCAAGAGGCUUCGGAUAAGAUGAAGCAAGAGAGGGAUGAUUGGGAAGACAAAUUUGACACCUCACACCUUGAGAAAGUAGAAUUGCAGAAGCAGUUAAAAGAAAAGUGUGACUUGAUAGAAUUGCUUGGGCAAUGUGCUGUGAAGAGAUCAAGGGACCAAGAGGAUUUAUUUUUCUCUAACAGUUCAUCAUCUACUCAUCUUCCCACUUCUGGUGUUUGA